AUGUCUUCAAGAGGUCAAUCCAGCGUCGGCGGCCCCGCCGUCUACGAAGCAGGCGAUCAGCGCACCCAACCCCAGUCCGUCAUUAACGAGCAGGAGCGCUACAACGAGGGCCAGAGACAUAGCCACAAGAACUUGGAUUCUAAGGACGAGCGCUCCAUCGCCAACAAGCUCGCUGCUCGCGAGAAGCAGCCUGAUCCCAGCCAUCACCAUAACGACGACAUUGAUCCCGAGGCGGCGAUUAGCCAGAAGAACCCUACUCAACCAGCCAAGAUGCAUGGAAACGAGCCGUCGAAAGGAGCCAAGAUUGAUCGGGAGCUCCAGUUGGAAGAUGAGCAGAGAUUGCGGGAGAAGGGGAUCAAGAAAUAA